UAGUCCUCGUCGUUUUUCCGACCAAACCCGCGGUCCUCGUCCUUCCUCAAUCUCCUCCAACGCCGGCCGAUUUGGUCGCCCCGCCCCGGCCACCUUGCUCCCAUCCCCGCCCCGCGCCGCCUCCGCCUUGCAUCCCUCCCGCCAUCCCACACAGCCGCCUCGUUCCCCUCCCCUCCGCUCGCCACCUCGUUCCCCUUCGCCCGCCGCCCGCGAAGGUUCAAUUUUGGAGACCACCGUUCGCAGUCCACGCUCUCCUUCUGCCUGUGCCCGUCGUCGACCACCUCCUUUCCGCCGACCAUGAAGCUCGCCCCUCCAUGGACGUCGUCGACCCGAGCACUGGGAAGCACGGGUGCCCUUUCUCCACUCCGCAGACGGUGCCUUCCACCAGCGGCGCCCCGUCCGACGACGGCGUCCUUCCCCGAGGGUGGCGAACCGGAGCUGGCACUGCCCUUCGCCGACCUCCUCCUCGCCAGCUGGCCGCCGUCGACCAUGAAGCCGGUCCCCGCCUCGCCGCCCAGCAGCCACCACUGCCCACCUCGCCGUCAACCUCAUACAUUGGAUUCGGCAGAAGCUCUCCCCCGACGGCGGCAGCAACCAUCCCCGCAUUCGCCGCCCAGCAGCCUCCCGCGACAACAGAUCAAAGACAAAUUCCAGUUGCAGUACAUCUAGCUGAUAUUCCAUCUUGACAUAACAAUACGAGCCCUGCAAAACUAAGUGCAAGUACUCUUCAAGUCCCAUUUGCUGCUUUGUAAAUUCAGGUAACACAUUUAACACUUGGUAAAUUCAGUUAACUGAAUUUGACUGAGCACUUUUGUACCAACAGUAAACUGAUUCUUGUAAGGAAAAAACUUGCUGCACAAAUUUGGUUCUGAGUUUGUACCAAUACUUAACUGAAUUUGACUGAAUUUUUGUACCAACAGUUGCACAAACUUGGGGCUGCACGAAUUUGGUGCUGCACAAACUUGGGGCUGUACACUGUUAACUGAAUUUGACAACAUAUAACGUGUGAGAACAGCUCAAAUAUCGUGUGAAUUUCCUGUACACUGUUAACUGAAUUUGACUGAACACUUUCCAAACUUAGGAGUUGUUCUCUGUUAACUGAAUUUGACUGAGCACUUUCCAAAAGUCGGUUCUUAGUUUCUGCACAAAUUUACGCACAACAUGCUGCUACAAUGAA